UCUGGCUAACCCCUCCCUUUCUCGCAGUCACUCCCCUGACGCUGUCCUCGUACAUCAACAAACAGUUUCAAAUAUGUGAAAACCGACGGGCCUCACGCUGAAAUCAGGACAAGAGCGGCAUUUCUAAAGGGUCUUGUGCACAUAAUUUGCCUACGAUGUCAAUGAGCUGGACGUGGCGAUUGAUUGCAGUUUUAUUGCAGGGCUGAGCAGAGGAUGUGAGCAGCACGUGGUUUUUCUCCGGAGGCUCUGGGGCUCUGGGUGGCCGUCGUGGGGCUGGCGUGAGCAGCCCCUGCAGCCGGCGGCGGGGUAAUGCUGACGGCUGUCCAGCAUGACUCCGCUGGACCUGUGGCUCUCGCGCUCCAUUCCCAUGUGCCUCCUGCUGCAGAGCCUGGUGCUCAUGGCACUCUGCUUCCCCUCGGCCAGCAUGUGCCCCAAGGGCUGCGCAUGCCAGCAUGCCGACCACCCCCUCCACGGCCUCAACGUCACGUGCAGUCUCUCGCGUCUGCGAGAGAUCCCUCCCGACCUGCCGCUGGACACGGUGCUGCUGCAGCUGGACCGCAACCACAUCCAGGCAGUGCCCGACCGGGCCUUCCAGGGCCUGCGAGCACUGCGGCGCCUCAACCUGUCGCAUAACGCCGUAGAGACGCUGGGCGAAGGUGCCUUUGCCGGCCUGGAGGCGUCACUGGAGGUGCUGGACCUGUCGCACAAUCGCAUCGUCAGUGUGCACAAGGACGCCUUUACACGGCUCAAGGCACGCGUACUGGUGCACGACAACCCGUGGCACUGCGACUGCGCCCUACAGCAGGCGCUGGGCGGGAUGGCCCAUAACCACGAGGCAGCAGCCCGCGUACUGUGCCGCAGCUCCGAGCUGCGCGACCAGGAGGGCCGGCCGUUCCUCGCCGUGGACACGGACCUGUGCAAUCUGGCGCACCGCACCACCGACUACGCCAUGCUGGUGACCAUGUUCGGCUGGUUCGCCAUGGUCAUCUCCUACGUGGUGUACUACGUUAGGCAGAACCAGGAGGACGCCCGCCGCCACCUGGAGUACCUCAAGUCGCUACCCAGCAAGCCCAGGAAGCCCGACGAGCCCGAGGACAUCACCACUGUUGUGUGAUAAAGGGGGUUAGGGGGGAGGGGCCCACGCUCGAGGCGACCGAUGUUUACGCCACAAACGCCUUGACUGAGAAAAGACAUACACACAUGAAGGGGAUGGAUUUCUGAGAGCAAUUCAGUCUUACUACAGCUAAGACACUGACCAUAGAUGUAGUCUAAAACUCAACCUGUGUCUUCUCUUCUCCCAGUUGUGCAUUAUUGUUACAUCAUAUUUAGGUCAAUUUGUAAUACUAUUCCUGACUGUCCACAAGAGAUUCUUAAAACAUGACUUCAAAAGUGGCAUUAGUACAAUAAUCACUAGAUCUUUAAAAGGCAGACAGUGUAAAUGUUGUGCUUCAGACACAUUGGAACAAUGGUUUUUAUGUUCCACCAGUUAAAAUGCAAUCAGUAGACCAUUACAUAAACUACCCAUCUCUAUAAACAAUUGCUAAUACAUUUAUGACCAAUACAGGUAUUUUGGGACUUCAAAUCUCAGGUGUAAAUGUUGAUACAGAUUUCAAUGACUUGUAAACCUUGCCCCCAAAAACGUUUCUCCAAAAUUUUAUAAGAUACUUAUUGAGUGGCCUCUUCAUACAGUCAGCUACACAAUAUUGUUCAGAAUAUGAUGUCUAAAAUGCAUGUCUGAAAUCAUUUGAUUACCUUUAAACUCCAUGGAUUUUAUUAGCUAAUUGAUAAUCAUAUAAGAAAGGGCGUGGUCAUAGUGGUUAUUAACCGAAAUGGGACGUUUUCUUCCGACAUUCAGAAAAAUAACCUUGAUCCUUGGACUUUUGUUUACUUAGUCUCUGUUACCUCAUUGUUGUUAACCCGUGGCUGUUGGAUAGUGUAGCGCUAAAAUGUCUGUGUCUAUGUCUGUGUGAUCCAGAGAGCAGUAGCAGCAGGAACAUAGUGAAUAUUUCCAUCCAUUCGGUACCACCAAGCAGUCCAUCUCAUUCUUUUCAUAACUCUCAGAGUGCUGUAAUAUCUCUCAUGUGUAACUUCAUUAGCCACUAAUAUCAUUAGUAAAGCAGAUGAACUGACUGACGUCUUUCCUGCCAAAGGAAGUUCAUAGUGAAGUCGUGUUUCUGGGCCAUGCUCCGGGUCCGCCUCCAAUCUUCAUAUCGCUCCGGAGGAGGGGGGGGGUCGCGACCCUGCUGAAUCCUGCGCCACCAGUCUUCUCCGCGAGGGCUACGUAAGAUUAUGUAAUCGGCCGUGUGAGCGGCACAUUGCGGCUGUCGGUCUCCUGACGGCUCGCUCACUCGAGAGGGUGAGGGCGAGGAAAAGACGAGGCAGAGAGACCAGGCAACGAGAGAGACGCGGUGGUAAGGGGAGUCUUAAUAAUUGUGCUGGCCUUUGGGAUAUGAUGAGGGAACGGGCAAAGUUUUGUUGUGUUCUCUCACGCCUUCCUCUGGCCUCAGUUACGAGGUGCUUUUCAGCAUAGCAUUUUAAUUAUAAAUACACUAAGUGAUGGGAAAAGGGGCGUUAGCGGUGUCUUUUAGCUAUAGUUAUCCCCGCUGUAAACAACAGUUCUGUUAAAUGGGAAUGUACGACCGGCGGAAAUCCCUUUAAAGCGUCGUCGUUAAAUGUACAGUACCUGUGAUGUCCGUCGCCUUCUCUUGCGAGAAGCAGCUCCACAUGCACCGUGUAGCGCUCGUGAGGGAGGGGGAGCCGCGCGUGGAACGCGCGAGCCACAAUGAAGCACGGUGAAGCCAAGGAUUCGGGAGAUUGUUUUUUUUUUUAUAAGUGCCUGAAAUAACUCGCCUUUCAAUAACCCAUUCUGUCAGCUGCGCGUUAUUUCACGUUAUUCGCGGAUAAUUCACGUGUGCCCUGCCUUAGGGAUGCCCUCUUCUUCCAUACCGUUUUCUACACAAAUAACAAGUGAUUAAGAGAAAUCCAUAAGAAAACCUCGGCACACGUUUGGCCUGGAGUGGCACUGAGGAGCCGGUGGCUUCGCUCUCACUUAUGUUGUGUAAGGACGAUCGAAAGCGUGGAAUUACAGGGCAGCGUGAUUUUCUUCCAUUCAUGUUUACACUUGUCAUCAUUGUUCUACCCAACAUACAUAAAAUUGUCUAUUGCAAAAAAAGUAUCUGAUUUUGAAGACCUAACACUGAAUACCAGUUAUGGUAGGCUACAUCCCGUUUAAGCGCAUGUAGGAGAAAAUGAAAUAAAAGAGGCAUUAACUCUG